UAUUGGAAGUAAAGUAUUUAGUUAGCAAAAUUGCCAAACAAACAGCUUUUACAUAUCCUGACUUUUAGUGACAGGGCAGUAUUGACUCAAAAUAUGCUUGGGAAUCUUCCAUGAGAAGCUUGAACUUGUUGCUGCCAUUUUUUCACCAGGAAAAGCAUAAAGGAAAAGGAGAAGAAACAAUAAAAUAACCAAAACCCCGCUAAAAAUCUGGAGGCUAGUAUUUCCAGGCAGAAAACUGAGUACUGUGGAACUAUGAUUAGAAAGUCUGCAACUGCUCUACACAAAGUAUAUCUGGAAAUCCCUCAUUCUCCCUGUGAAUUGCAGGCUGCCGUGUCUCACUAGCAUCUCCUCUUCCCUCCAUCCCCCUCAGCAGUUGGCCUUACAGUGAUGAGAGGGACAAUGGAACAGAUGUGGAAGAACAGACAGAAGUUGAUUUACAAUGAUUACUGAUCCUGCUGGUCAACUGAAAAGUAUUCUCUGCUUGAGUAUGUGCUAAGGACAAUUGCCGGUGUACACUCAGUUGGCUGUUUCUCAAUCAAGAUGAGUGGAUUAGGAGAAAAUUCCUUGGACAGCUUGACCAAUGAAUCAAGGAAACGCAAGCCAUUGCCCUGUGAUGCCCAAGGACCCGGUCUCACAUGCAGUGGUGAGAAACGCCGACGUGAGCAGGAAAGCAAAUAUAUUGAGGAACUAGCUGAGUUGAUAUCUGCUAAUCUGAGUGACAUUGACAAUUUCAAUGUCAAACCAGAUAAAUGUGCAAUUUUAAAGGAAACUGUAAGACAGAUCCGGCAGAUAAAGGAACAAGGAAAAACAUCAUCCAGUGAUGAUGAUGUACAGAAGGCUGAUGUAUCUUCUACAGGUCAAGGGGUUAUUGAUAAGGAUUCAUUGGGACCUCUUUUACUACAGGCAUUGGAUGGUUUCCUGUUUGUAGUAAAUCGAGAUGGGAACAUUGUGUUUGUAUCAGAAAAUGUCACACAGUAUCUGCAAUAUAAACAAGAAGAUUUGGUUAAUACAAGCGUCUACAGUAUCUUGCAUGAAGAGGACCGAAAAGACUUCCUUAAAAAUUUACCCAAAUCUGCAGUUAAUGGAGUUGCUUGGACCAAUGAAACACCUAGACAGAAGAGCCAUACAUUUAAUUGCCGUAUGUUGGUAAAAGCAUCUCAUGAUCUUUUGGAUGAUUUGGGCAGCAGCCAGGAUUCACGUCAGAGAUACGAAACCAUGCAGUGUUUUGCUUUAUCUCAGCCCCGAGCUAUGAUGGAAGAAGGAGAAGAUUUGCAGUCUUGUAUGAUUUGUGUGGCACGUCGCAUUUCUACAGUGGAAAGGGUAUUUUCAACCAACCCAGAAAGUUUUAUUACGAGACAUGACCUUUCAGGUAAACUCGUCAAUAUAGAUACAAACUCAUUACGGUCUUCCAUGAGACCUGGCUUUGAAGAUACAAUCCGUCGGUGUAUUCAGAGGUUUUUAUGCCAUAAUGAUGGACAGUCCUGGUCAAACAAACGCCACUAUCAAGAAGCUUAUAUACAAGGCCAUGCUGAAACUCCACUAUAUCGGUUCUCCUUAGCAGAUGGCACUAUAGUAACAGCACAAACAAAGAGUAAACUGUUCCGAAAUCCAGUAACUAAUGAUCGUCAUGGAUUUGUCUCCACCCACUUUCUUCAAAGAGAACAGAAUGGAUAUCGACCAAAUCCCAAUCCAGUGGCACAAAACAUCAGAGCACCUACAGCUGGAAACACAAAUUCUGUUGGUGCUAUUACGAAUAUGUCACCAAGUCAAAGCAUGUCAAUGCAGAACAGAAACUAUGGCAUGGGAGAUCCCAGCGUGAUGGGACAGAUGAGUGGCAUUAGAUAUGUAGGACCUGGUAAUAUUGGACCGAUCAGCUCUGGACCAGGAAUGCAGUCCUCUCCUUAUCAGAACAACAGUUAUGGAUUAACUAUGAAUAGUCCACCACAUGGUAGUCCAAGCUUGACCUCCAGCCAACAGAACUUAAUGAUUUCUCCUAGGAAUCGUGGGAGUCCAAAAAUGGGUUCGCACCAGUUUUCUCCAGUUGCAGGUAUGCACUCCCCAAUGGGAUCUGCUAGCAACACUAGCAACAACAGCUUCUCUAGCAGUUCUCUUAGUGCCCUUCAAGCCAUUAGUGAGGGUGUUGGAACUUCCCUUCUAUCAACGCUUUCCUCACCGGGUCCAAAGUUGGAUAAUUCCCCAAAUAUGAAUAUAGCUCAGCAAACUAAAAUGGUCAACCAGGAAUCAAAGAGCCCUUCUGGCUUGUAUUGUGAACAAAGUCAAGUGGAGAGUUCCAUGUGCCAGUCAAAUAACAGGGACCUCCUUAGUGACAAAGACAGUAAAGAAGGACACUUGGAAGGGUCUGAGAGUCAGAGGGGACCAAAUGAAAGCAAAGGACAUAAAAAGCUCCUUCAGUUACUCACAUGCUCCUCAGAUGAGAGAGGGCAUUCUACGUUGUCAAACUCACCAUUGGACUCUGGGUGCAAAGAAUCUUCUACCAAUGUUACUAGUCCCUCAGGAGUCUCCUCUUCUACAUCUGGAGGGGUCUCUUCCUCAUCAAAUGUGCAUGGGUCCCUGCUACAAGAAAAACACAGGAUUUUGCAUAAAUUGUUGCAGAAUGGUAAUUCUCCAGCAGAAGUAGCGAAGAUCACAGCUGAAGCUACUGGUAAAGAUACCUACCAUGACUCCAGCAGUACAGCCACCUGUGUAGAAGGAACUAUCAAACAGGAACAACUGAGUCCUAAGAAGAAGGAAAACAAUGCUUUACUCAGAUACCUACUAGACAAGGAUGAUGUAAAAGAAAUGAAACCUAAGGUAGAAGGACUGGAUAAUAAAAUGGGACAAUGCAGUAGCUCCUCUAUUCCUACUUCAAGUCAAGAAAAGGAAAUCAAAAUAAAAACAGAACCUUCUGAAGAGAUGAGUGGAGACUUGGAUAAUUUGGAUGCAAUACUGGGUGAUCUGACUAGUUCUGAUUUUUACCAUAAUUCUGUAUCUACAAAUGGGAGUAACCUUGGAACUAAGCACACAUUAUUUCAAGGAAAUGCCCCCUUGGGUAUGAGAAGUCCCCAAUCUGUGCAGACUGCCCGUCCUCCUUUCAACAGAGCCAUGUCUUUAGACAGCCCUAUACCUGUGGGUUCAAGCCCUCCAGUGAGGAGUAAUGCAUUCUCCAUGUUACAAAAGCAAAACAUGAUGGGUGGGAGUCCAAGAAUGAUUGAGAACCAUGAAAAUUUUGGAGCACAUAUGGGUGGACCCAACAGAAAUAUGGCUAUGAAUCAGCAUCUGGCAGGAGACUGGGUUUUGCCAAACUCCAAGGUUAACAGACUGGAACCUACAAGUUCUAAUUCAUUGGUGAGACCAGGACCAGACUAUAAUCCAUCCCUUCCCAGACCUGCAGUGAGUGGCUCCAUGCCCGGAUUGCCCAUCCGGUCUAAUAGCAUACCUGGUACAAAACCAGUGCUACAACAGCAGAUGAUUAAUAUGAGACCUAAUGAGAUUAAUAUGGCUAUGGGAAGUAACCCUUAUGGGCAACCAGGACCAUCUAGCCAGCCAGGAUCAUGGCCUGAUGGUAUGCUUUCCAUGGAGCAAGGACCUCGAGUGUCACAAACCAGACAAUUACUUAGAAGUUCUUUGGAUGACUUCUUAUGUCCACUUCCUAACAUAGAAGGCCAGAGUGAUGAAAGAGCUCUUUUAGAUCAGUUGCACACAUUGCUGAGUAACACAGAUGUCACAGGACUUGAGGAAAUUGACAGAGCAUUAGGAAUUCCUGAUCUUGUAAAUCAAGGUCAAACUUUGGAACCGAAGCAAGAUUCAUUUCAAGGUCAGGAAUCUUCAGUUAUGAUUGACCAGAAGCCUCCAUUAUAUGGUCAACCCUAUCAGGGGCAAGGGGCAGCAAUGCCAGGAGGUUUUACUAACAUGCAGGGACAACAGCAAUCUUUUAAUUCAAUGAUGAAUCAGAUGAGCCAACAGAGUGGUUUUCCACUGCAAAGUAUGCAUCCUAGAGCAAGUGUGAUGAGACCCCGAACCAAUACACCAAAGCAGCUCAGAAUGCAACUCCAGCAGAGGCUUCAGGGGCAGCAGUUUCUCAAUCAGACCCGUCAAGCACUUGAGAUGAAAAUGGAAAACCCGGGUACUGGUGGUGCCCCAGGCUUGAGGCCAGUUAUGCAGCCACAAGUGGGGUCACAGCAGCAAGGUUUUCUUAAUGCUCAGAUGGUGGCUCAACGCAACAGGGAGCUAAUAAGUCAUCAUAUCAGACAGCAGAGGAUGGCAAUGAUGAUACAGCAGCAGCAGCAGCAGCAGCAACAACAGCAACCUCAGGCCUUCAGUCCACCACCAAAUGUGACUGCCUCAGGAAGCAUGGACAGUUCUCUGGCAGGUCCCCCAAUGGCUCAAGUUCCUUCACAGCAAUUCCCAUAUCCGCCUAAUUAUGGAAUAAGCCAACAACCUGAUCCCACCUUCAGUAGAGUAGCAAGCCCUCCAAACCCAAUGAUGUCAUCAAGAAUUGGACCCUCCCAAAAUCCCAUGAUGCAGCAUUCUCAGGCAGCAGCAAUGUAUCAGUCCCCUGAGAUGAAAGGCUGGUCAUCAGGAAACAUGGCCAGGAGCAGUUCUUUUCCACAGCAGCAAUUCAGCCAUCAAGGCAGCCCUACAACUUAUAAUAUGAUGCAUAUGAAUGGCAGCAGUGGUCAUAUUGGACAAAUGAAUAUUAACACCAUGCCCAUGUCCGGCAUGUCUAUGGGUCCAGACCAGAAAUACUGCUGACACCUAAAACCAUGAGUUCCCAAAGCAGAAUGAUUUCUAUUAAUGAAGAUGCACUAGUAUUACAAAGAAAAGCUACAUAUUCUUCGUGGCAACUAGUACUGGCCUUAUGGAAAUAACUUUUUUCCAGCUGACCACCAAGAUGUCCCAAGUGACUUCAUAAAAAAGGACUUUUUUUUAGUAGAAUCAGAGUCUCUGUAUUACUGUAUAUUGUGGUGUACAAAACAAUGAUCAUAAAUAUUUUUGGCACUCUGCCUCUAGAAAUGUGAAUUUGGGAAUGGCAUUUUAGUAAAUAUGAUGGCUAGACUCUAUGUAUGCCACUUGUAUUUACUGUAGCUAUCCAAAGCCUUUAACUACAGGCAGGCUAAAGUGCCUGGAGAAGUCAUGGUGGGUAAAAAUAUCUGACAGAGAAUGUAGUUCCUAGCCUUGACUCUUAUAUUAAUUUGGAAAUUUAAAUGCUGCUUUUAACCUCUUAUCCCCAGGAGUCAGGAUUUCCAAACAGGCAAAGAAAAAUGAAUUGGCAUGUAAUGUUCCAUAAUCCUGCCCACUGAUGCCAACAGGUUACAGAGAAAAUAAAUUAAUUAUUUAAACAUAGUUGUGACUAAUUUAAAUUUUGAUGUGCAGCUAAAUGCACUUUAUAAAAGUCUAUAUAAUGGAUUAAUGCAAUAUCAUUGAUAAUAAAUUGAAAGGUAGGGUGCAUUGUUGAUUGAUAAGACUGUAUACUGUAAUGUUUUAUGUUAAUGGAAAUUAGAGCAAUAAUCCUUCAUGGUUUUUUGGAUAAAAAAGAACCUUCAGAAAAAUCAAGGCAAGGCACUGCAGUCUGAAUCAGAAUUUUGCAGGGCUUUUGUGAAUAAAUUUUGUAAAUAUGGUCUUUAAGAUAUUGUAUUAUAUAUAUGACUUUUGUAGGUCACUAACUCAUUUUUGCAGAGUUUGUGAAGCUAAAUAUUUAACAAAGUUGAUUUCUGUAAACUCAUCCUAGUUGAGGUCUAGAUAGAAGACCUUUCCAUUUUAUUUUUAAUUUAAUGACUUUGGAAUUGGGUGAUUUUUUUUUUUUUUUUUUUGUGGCCCAUCUUUUUUUUUCUUUGGUCUUUGCCACUUAUUUUACAUCUUUACCAUAAUAGCUUUUAAAAAAGAUCCUUUGUUUAGGGUUAAGAAGUUGGUUAGUGUUUUCGCCACAGUAAGUGAGCACUUUGUUACAUUUCAUUUUUUCUAUAGGGCAGUUUGACAAAAAAAAAAUAAGUUCCCUGGAUUGUAAACUGUUAUGACUUGUCAGAACAGUUCAUGUGGUGAUUAAUAUAUAGUUGCCUCCCCUAUAUAUGUUUCUAAACAUGCCUAUUGGUAAGUAUUGUUAAUAACUUCUCCACCAUUGCAUCUUACAGUGAGCAACUCAUUUGUAGUCACAUGACAUCCAGAAACCUUACUAAGACACAGUUUAACCAAAUUGUCUGCUUCUCUUUGGUUCUUCUAUUGUAAUGAAUGUAUUUUCCAAACGAGUGUCUCUACUAUCAGUAUUCAUGUUAGGUUACAAAACUAUUCAUCUUUAUCCGUUGACAAGUUGUAUUUUUUAUCCAUAAAACAAUGCUAUUACAGAUUAUCCACUUUCAGAUAGACGACGAUUGAAACAUGGAAACGCCAUAAGGAUGUGAACCAGAAAUGUUUAAGGCAUGUGGUGCUUUUGCUCUAUUGUUCAUUGUGUAAUGGAAAACAGACUUCUCCCGAGUGAGUGAAAAUUAGUGAUUCUUACAAUUUCUUUGCUACUCUAAGUAUGAAGUCAUUUUGUUUUGCAGUACCAUGAAUGAAUUUCCAUGUUCUUCCAUUUUAAUAUAAAUAAUUUUUAGUGCAAAAAUUCACAAAAAUAACAUUCACCCUAAAUGUACUGUCCUGUUCUAUAAUGCAGGUAGAUGCAAUAAAAAAUCUCCUUGUUAUACAGAUCAGUCUCUGCAAAUACUAUUGAGAACAUAAGAUUUGGCUAUAUUAAUUUAGUUGUUAUUGCUCCUUAGUCUGGUUCAACUGUGUUGUAAUCCAUGCCAUUUACAAACAUAAGGAUCUGUUUCCCUUUUCUUGCUCUUUAGAAUCUACCUGCUGGUUGAGUCAGUGCAAUGUAAUGAAGUUAACAGGCAACAAUCCCAUGCUUUUUAUAUUAAAUCAGAAUAGAAUGAUUUUAUAUCUUGUUCGUUAUAUGAUGGAAGCUGCAAACUUUAAUUGCUUUGACUAGUGAAAACUUCAGCCUAUCUGCUAUUUUAUGCAUCUUGCCCUUAACUUUUUUUUAAUUAUUCUAUUUAUAUUUCUAAAAUGUGGUACCUAAUGGAUGUUACAAAGGCUCCUCUUCCCUUAUCUGCUUUUAGAAUGAUGGUUUUUUCCAAUAAUUACUUUUUGCUGAAUCCAAAGAUUUGUUUUAAUUCAAAUAUGAUAAAAAGAUAAUGUCAUCUAGAGUGACAAGUAUGUUUACUUAACAAAAUAGUCCUUUGAUUUUUGGUAGUAUUUUAUAUCUCCAACAACUGUGUUUUGGUUCUACUGUAAAGCAGAAUAAUUCAAGAAGCUUUAUAAUUAUUUUUGACAGUAAGAUCAAAGUUUACUAGUGUAACCAGUUGGAUAACUACUGCAUAGCAGGCAUAGUCUCACUACUUGCCUGCCAGGUUUCCUGUUGUUUACAGAAACCAUUAUUUUAUAAAAUCCAUAAGCAAUUUUUUAUUCACUCUCAUCCUAAAUUGUAUUUUUAAAGUUAGGAAUUCAAGCGCAUUUACUUAAAGGUCUGAAUAAAACUAUUUGAAUGUUGCACCAGUUCACACAUUUUAUUUUAGAUUUUAAGUGCAGACUGAUAGAAUAAUACAGUAGUUAUGAAACCAUAUAAUUCUGAGAGCAAUAUUUUUAAAUUCUCAGGAGAAGGCACACAGUAUUGAGAAUUACAUUUAAAUUUAGUUUACAUUAAAUACUGCUUAAAAGGUGUGUAUCUUUACAUUGCAAAAACAAAACAAAAACUAUGUGGGCUGAUUUAUAAAAGGGUUGGUUAUAAAGUAUUACUGCUCUUCUGAGUUUUGUGUUUUGAUGUUAAUAAUAAUGUAAAUAAACGUUUCUAUUUAAAACCUGAACUUGGUGAUUUGGUAUGUCAGAUGUUUGAGCUGCCACAUGUGCCAGUUAUAUUCUGUGGGCCAGCAAUGUAGUAUUUUUAUAUUAAACCAAAAUAUAGCCACUCUGGAGAAAGACUGUGGUAAUGUAACACUGUUAUAUGAGAGAGGCUACAUUUGAGGAAUGUGUUUGAGUUCUUGGCUGGCUGCCUGGGUUUAGGUUAAUCUCAGUGGCUGUGAUGUAUCAAUUGCAGAGUUGCCUUUAAAAUGGUCUUUCUGACUUUAAAAAUAGUGCUCUGAUAACUAGGAGGAAGGGUGAGGAAAUAACUUCUGUUCCCAAGUUUUUGUUUUUCUUGCUAUAUUGUAUACUUUCUGUCCUAGGGAAAAUCACAUUUUGAAAAUACUUUGCCAUUUUUUUCUGGAAAUGUAUAUUCAGACUGUACUAAACUACAGAGAAAGUUCUGUAUUUUAUGGGUGUAGAGAUGAAAUUUUCAAAGUAAUUCUGAUUGGUGUGCAGUAGCAUUGUUAACAGGAGUUGGCCUUUCAGGAUUCUACCUUCUGCAUGUGCAAAACUUUCUGCCAGAUAAGCGAAAUGUAAGUACAAACCCUUCGUGCUCAUGAAGAUUUUAAUUUCCCUUUCUCUCCCCAGAGGGAACUGUACACAAAUACAUGUGCUUUCUUCUUCGUGAAAGGUCUGGAAAACAGUGAAGCCAUAAAUUCCUGAGAGAGACCUUUUCCAUUUGCCACAUACUUGUAUCAGACUUUCACCAUCCUUGUAAAUGCCUUUUCUUGCUGGUGAAUCCACUAUAAAAGUCAGUAGAAUCUAAUAUCUGACUGCAUUUCCUAAUCCAGCACACGCUCUACUUUUGAAGUACAAAACUCUUACAAGACAGUUUGGGACAAUAUAUUAAAUCUGACCAGGGAUGAUCGGAAUUCAGGCUUAAAUCAAAUUUACUUUUCCAACCUUUACUUCAGCAAGUGCAUUGUUUACAAUACGCAAAAGACCAUAGUCUACCCUUAAGAGCAUUUAUUUGCUCAACUUCCUAUUUUCACAUUCUACUUUUAGAUUAAAUAUUAUAAUAUUUAUAUAUGGUGCUAGAGGUUUCCGACCCUAGCAAGUAAUCUCUGUUGAAGCUUCCUAUUAGUUAAAAAAAAAUAAUAAUUUGCUUUUUAAAAACAUGUUUAGAGGGACAGAGGUGCAAAUUUGUCUUUUGGCUGGUCAGAGUUGUUACUAUAUAGGCAGUCACAUUUUCCAUUUUAAAUCAGCAUAAUUCAAACUAGUGUGGAGAAAAGAACUGCUAAACAAAUUCAAGAUUUUUCCUUCUGCUGGUCUACAGCAUGGGUGGGCAAUAUAGCAGUAGAAGCCCACCCCUGGUCUACAGCUCGAUUUUUUUUAAAUACUUAAAACUCAUCAUGUAUAAUGAUAAAUGUAAGGUGUAAUGCACAUUGGAAAAAAUAAAGCCAUCUAUUCAUACAAUAUGAUGGGGACUAAUUUAGCUACUCAAAAGAGAAAUCUUGAGUCAUCAUGGAUAAUUCUCUGAAAAUAUCCACUCAAUGUGCAGUGGCAGUCAAAAAACAAGCAAUGUUAGGGAUAGAGAAUAUAUAAAACCGUGGUAUGCGGACAUCUUGAAUACUGGGUACAGAUGUGGUUGCCUCAUCUAAAAAAGAUUUAUUGGCAUUGGAAAAGGUUCAGAAAAGGGCAACAAAAAUGAUUAGGGUUUGGAAUGGGUCCCAUAUGAAGAGAUAUUAAAAAAACAGGGGCCUUUCAGUUUACUAAAGAGGAGACUAAGGGGGGAUAUGAUAGAGCGUCUAUAAAAUUGUAACUGGUGUGGAAA